AUGGCCAGACGGACACCGCUGCCCACGGAGCCCGUGACUGGCGAGGCUGCCGAGCAGGGCCAGGCCAGGCCCUGCCCGCAGGGCCACCCCAGCCCUUCCCUGGCCCCUGGGCCCCAGAGCCCACCAAGCUCUCCUGUCGGCCCCACCAUGACAUCGUCGGAGCCCACGUCACCUCCGGUGGUGCCGCCGCUGCACUCCCCCAAGUCCCCCGUGUGGCCCACCUUCCCCUUCCACCGGGAAGGCAGUAGGGUCUGGGAGCGGGGCAGCACGUCUCUUCGAGACCUGCCCAGCCCCCUGCCCACCAAGCGGACCAGAACAUACUCAGCGACAGCCCGUGCCUCGGCCGGCCCUGUGUUCAAGGGCGUCUGCAAGCAGUUCUCGCGCUCACAGGGCCACGGGUUCAUCACGCCCGAGAACGGCUCUGAAGACAUCUUCGUGCACGUCUCUGACAUCGAGGGCGAGUACGUGCCGGUGGAGGGCGAUGAGGUCACCUACAAGAUGUGCCCCAUCCCACCCAAGAACCAGAAGUUCCAGGCCGUCGAGGUGGUGCUCACCCAGCUGGCCCCCCACACGCCCCACGAGACGUGGUCCGGCCAGGUUGUGGGCUCUUAG